AACAACCCAGGAGGAGGAAGUGCGCCUUGUUUUCCUCUUCUGCUCCUCCUGGGUUGCUCUGCCUUGUUGCAGCUGAGGAGGAGGAGAUGCUGCUGCAGAGAGGGAGGCGAGGAGGACUAGGAGGCUGCAGAGGCAGCUUCUCCUUCUCCUUCUGAGGCUGGCUGCCAUGGAGGGCCCCCGGGGCAAUGCCUCCUGGCCUCCCACCCUGAGCCCCGCCGUGCCCCCCUUCGUGAAGCUGGGCCUGACCUCCGCCUACACGGCCCUCUACGCGCUGCUCUUCCUCUGGGUCUACGGGCAGCUCUGGCUGGUGCUCCGGCUCCGGCACAAGCGCCUCAGCUUCCAGACGGUCUUCCUCUUCCUCUGCCUGCUCUGGGCCGCCCUCCGGACCCUGCUCUUCUCCUUCUACUUCAGGGACCCUCGGGGCGCCAACGCCCUCCCGCCCCUGGCCUUCUGGCUCCUCUACUGCUGCCCCGUCUGCCUCCAGUUCUUCACCCUCGCCCUCCUCAACCUCUACUUCGCCCAGGUGAUUUUUAAAGCUAAAUCAAAAUACUCCCCAGAACUACUUAAAUACAGGUUGCCUCUUUACCUAGUUUCCAUCUUUGUCAGUCUCCUUUUCCUCUUGGUCAAUCUCACAUGUGCAGUGCUUGUGAGAAUAGAGAAUUCAGAAAGGAAGAUCAUCGUACUGGUGAGGGUUGCCAUAAACGACACAUUGUUUGUGCUGUGUGCCAUCUCACUCUCCAUUUGUCUCUACAAGAUCUCCAAGAUGUCCUUAGCAAAUAUUUACUUGGAAUCCAAGGGUUCAUCUGUAUGUCAACUGACAACUAUAGGAGUGACUGUUAUACUACUUUAUACCUCGAGAGCAUGUUACAACCUGGUCAUUUUGUCAUUUUCUCAAAGCAAGGCAGUGAACUCUUUUGAUUAUGAUUGGUACAAUGUAUCUGAUCAGGCAGAUCUGAAGUGCCAGCUGGGUGAUGCUGGAUAUGUAGUAUUUGGAGUAGUCCUAUUUGUGUGGGAGCUGCUGCCCACUUCCUUAGUGGUGUUCUUCUUCCGUGUCCGAAACCCUACAAAAGACCUAACAAACCCAGGAAUAGUACCAUCUCAUGCAUUCAAUCCAAGAUCUUACUUCUUUGACAAUCCUCGCAGAUAUGACAGUGAUGAUGAUUUGGCAUGGAGCAUAUCACCACACAGCAUACAUGGCAGUUUCUCCCCUGACUACUACGACUGGGGGCAUCAAAGCAAUAGUUUCAUGGCUCAUGUUGGAUCUCUACAGCAUGACUGUAUAUCAGAGACUGAACGACCAAGCCCAAUGUGACACCAAACCAGUGCUAAUUUCCCUUUCAUUCACAUGAGGAAGGGGCACAAGUUACACAUGUUUUGCACAGCUCAUGAAAUGGUGUUGAAGGAAAAACAAAUCUACUUUAUCAAGCUACACAAUGUGUAUGUGUACUGCAAGGAGUGGCAUUUAGGCUGUGAUCCUGCCAAGAUUUCCAUUUAUACUUAAAUUAUACACAGGAGAACUUCCACCAAAGUCAGUGAGCCUUCAUUUAUAGUGAAGACUAAACAGAACUGCUCUUGAAGUGAGUCUUCUUUUGUAACAAAACUUAAAUACAAGAAUGUUUUUACAAGAUUGUAGCUUAAGGGACAAAUUUUGUAUUACAGUGCGCCAGCGCCAUACGUGGGCUCACAAUACAUGGCUUCCAGCUUAUGUGGAAGCCACACAGGGAGAAAAGCAAUGGCCCAUGCCAUCACGUGCACACACCCGUUUCCAAUGGGAUGCGAGCAUACAUGGCUUUCCCUUUAUAUGGGGGGAUCCAGAACGGAUCCUCGCGUAAGGGGAGGGCCCACUGUGCUUAAUUAUUUUUAUGUGGAAAGAUACUGUAAUUCAUAUGUAGAAUCUUUUUCUUACAUUGCCACUUUUUAUAUAUACAGAACUAGUUGUUUCUAAUGCCAAUUUCACUUUAUAAAAUAUAGUGUACAGUGUAAGUAUUGUUCUGAUUGGACUUGUGUGCAUCUCAUCAAGUCUUUUGAAAAAAUGUCAGUAUGCAAAUAUAAACCAUUACAUUUCUUGUUCCAGCAAGGUGUUCAUUUGUUUUUUUAAAGGAUCCCAUAUAUUUUGAUCUGCAGCCAUGAAUAAAACGAAUUGGCAAGUGAUUUUUCUCCAUUGCAA